GUAGACAAGCAACAUCUCUGCUCCAUAAUAAAGCCACUUGAACAACAGAGCACUACUUUCACGAGCAAAAACAAGAAGAGGACGACCGACGAGCAACCAGCCAACACACACGUUGACACUUGACCAGCUGGGGCUUGAGAUAAAUGGCUGACAAGCAGAUCAGUUUGCCUGCCAAAUUGAUCAAUGGGGGGAUCGCUGGCCUGAUUGGAGUGACCUGUGUGUUUCCCAUUGACCUGGCCAAGACUCGGCUGCAAAACCAGCAAAAUGGAUGUCGCCUUUACACCAGCAUGUCAGACUGCCUUAUUAAGACCAUCCGGUCAGAGGGGUAUUUUGGGAUGUACCGAGGAGCCGCGGUGAACUUGACACUCGUCACACCAGAGAAAGCUAUCAAGCUGGCUGCUAAUGACUUCUUCAGACAUCACCUCUCCAAGGAUGGAAAACUCACUCUGUUGAAAGAGAUGCUGGCCGGAUGUGGAGCAGGUACAUGCCAGGUUAUUGUCACAACUCCUAUGGAGAUGUUGAAAAUCCAGCUCCAAGACGCUGGACGAAUUGCUGCUCAGAGGAAGCUUAUGCCAGAGACUGUGGCAGCCGGUACUGUGGAAGCCAAGUCCCCAACAGCCAUGCAGAUUACCAGACAGCUACUGAAGGAAAAGGGCAUUGCUGGCUUGUAUAAAGGCCUCGGCGCCACAUUGCUCAGGGAUGUACCUUUCUCUAUCAUCUAUUUCCCACUGUUUGCCAACCUGAACAACCUGGGAAAAAGAGGCUCGGAUGGCCCCGCUCCUUUCUACGUGUCAUUUAUAUCUGGCUGUCUCGCAGGGAGCACAGCGGCAGUCGCCGUCAAUCCUGUGGACGUUAUAAAGACCAGGCUGCAGUCCCUGACUCGGGGGAGCACGGAAGACACGUACAGCGGAGUGACCGACUGUAUCAGGAAAAUCCUGCGUAACGAGGGUCCAACAGCCUUCCUGAAGGGAGCGUACUGUCGAGCCCUGGUCAUCGCGCCGCUGUUUGGCAUCGCCCAGGUGGUCUACUUCCUGGGCGUGGGUGAAUUUAUCCUCAGCUUCUUGCCUAAAAAACACGACUAAGAAGCAGCUCCUCUCUGCCUUUCCCUCCCAUCAUGCAUCACACCAACUGCGUGAGAAUUCAUCUCGUUCUGAGUUCCUGCCUGGUCAAAGUGCGACCAGUCAGUACUUUUUUUUUUUUGUUGUUGUUUAAAUUUGUUGUGUUGAAUGUUUAAAUAGUUCAGGACAGAGCCUUUUUUUGCCAAGCUGCCUGUGGUGGCACACCAAAUUCCAGUUGGCAGGCUCAUCUCGCUCUCUGGAAAUGAAGCCACAAAUCAGCUUAUGUUGUCAAUGGAAUAUUGCGUUUUAAUGACAUUCUUCUAUCACAUUUUGGAUAUGAUUGUUGAAUUUUUGAAUUGGACGUGCUGCCCUGGGUCGCUGCAGUUUGUGCAAGCCCGAGAGUACCGAAUUUAUCAAACCUCAUUAGCCUUUUACUGAUAACAAUAACCUUAGAAAUCAGUUUAAAAUAUGAAUUACAAGAAAUUAGCAGUUAAAUUCAAUUUCUUUACUGAGGAAUCUAGUGAAAUACAGACACAAACAUGUGAUCUUACCUAUUCUUAGAGUGUUCAUAAUAAAAGGUAAGACAGAGAAUCAGAUUUAGAUUUGCUUAUGUUUCAAAUACCCAGACAAUGUGUUGACGUGAUACCAGCUCAGUCCCUACGAUCUUUCCUGGGAAGCCACAUCCCUUCCUGUAAGUGGUUGUAAUGAACUCAGCCAUUCGGCUCAAAGCAGACUUUGAUUGCCUCGGCUUCUCUUAGCAGAUCAAGUUCCAUCUGAUACUCGGCACUACCACAGUGGUUCAACUGUUUCUCCUCCCCGUUAGGAUAUCUCUUAUUUCCAGGUUACACACUAGAAUGGAGCAACAGUGUGCAACGUUUGGGCAUUAUGCACUACUACAAACUACACGUACCCAUUGUUUAAACUCGACUCAGAGACACGGACAGAACACACAACGGAAUGCUGCUCCUUGCCUUUGUAGUAAAACUACAUGGCGAGUGUGUUGUUCUCCAGGCCACACCUUAGUCCUCGAUGCCUGCAAGUCUAUCAAAGGAUGGAAUAUAUCGUUUCAUUAGAUGCAGCCUAAUGUGUAAUGCCAGUUUUCUGCUUUGUCUUUACAGUGGACUCAGAUGAAUGUGUUAGUUAGAAAUGGCAAAAGAAAGCUAAGCUAGCAGUAAAGUGAUCAGACGUAGAGCACAGUCAGUCUGCAGUACUUCUCACCCCUUCAGACGUAAUUAUAUUUUGUUUACAGAUGAGUUAAAACUCGAUUUUAAAUGUCCAAACUUGAAUUCAGUGGCAGGACCCAAAGAGCUAAUGGAAAAAAAAAAGAAAAGAAAAGAUUUCUUUAUCAGAAAAUCAAACCAAUGUUUUUCAGUGUUAUAUGUGUUUUUUUCUUCAAACCAAAACAUCUGGGCUUGUUGGCUUUAUUAUUAUUAUUUUUUUUUUUUUCUUUUGCUUAAAGCUGCUAGGGUAAGCAGUCUAGUCUUAUCUCGUUUAUGCAUCACAACACUGAAGCCGUACCAUUGGCUUAUCUCAUCGGAUAUCAAGGUGACUUUGACGUGUGUUAUCCAAUCACAUUCCUUCCUUACUCCCACUGUUCAAGCAGCUGGUCAAUUGUAGGGUUGCACUGUG